CAUCAGAGAGCAUUCACAACACUCUUAGUCGAGGUGAGCUUCAGUCUAGUUUGUGUGUGUGUGUGUGUGUGUGUGUGUUUGAGAUGUUGGACCAUCAGUGUGUGUCUCCUGUCAUCGAGGUCUUCAUUCCGUCUCUCAUGAGGGAAGUGGACGAGACGGGAAAGUUGCGCAAACUCUUCAGGGUGGAGAUUCUCUUCAAUGGAAGGAAGCACUUUGUUUUACGGCGACACGGCGAGUUUCAGACGCUUCACAGGAAGGUGAAGAAGAUUCUGCGAGUUCCUGAUUUCCCCAGCAAGAGAAACCAGCAUCUGCGAACCAAACCACUGGAGCAAAGACGACAAGAACUCGAGGACUACAUCCAGGUGAUUCUCUAUCAGAAUGAUGUUGUUCCUCAAGAGCUUCUGGAUUUCCUGCAGGUCAAACAUUUUCAUCCAACAAGCAAGAACUGCAGCUCUGAUGAAAACCAGUCAGAUUACUGUCGGGAGCAGGAAUACAGAUAUCAGUCAUUUCAUCAGCGAGUAGUUGGUUUUUCGGCUGACCCUUACCAGCUUGAAUCCAGAUCAGAUCUCCCUGAUAUCGUGGUUGCCGGUGUCCUGCAGGGUUUUUACCCUAAAGAUGUCAAAGUGAGUUUCAAAAAGAGCUGCGGUAAACCCAGCGGCGUCACCUGUGCUCCAGCGCUACCCGCGCAUCCCAAAAUCCCCAUUAUUACCAUCAACAGAAGCAGCGUCAGCUCACUGCCAGUAUGAGCAUUGCCUAACAACUUGGUCUCAUUUAAAUGUGCCUUUACAUGAGUGUACAGUAUCGAUUGAAUCCUUCUCAUGUUAAUAUUACAACCAUUUAGAUGUUUUUCAUGAAAAAAUAUUGUUUAAAAAUAGCUCUGUUUAUCAUAUUUAGCACAAAAAAGUUGUUAAAUCCUGUACAGUACAACUGUAAUCAUACAUCAUCAUAUUCAUAACCUUUUACUGUGUUAGAAUAUUAUAUUAUUGUUUGACAAACAGAAGUCAUAAUGAUACUAAACAUAAGGCAUAUGAACAUAACUAACUUGUUAAUUAAAUUCUAUAAAUAAUA